GUGUGGCGGCGAGUGCGGCGGGGCCGCCCGCUUGGAGCUCGAAAAUGCCGCCGCCGACUCGUAUGCGAGCCUCCAGUACUAGUGUCAAUGGGAACCGGUUCUUCAGUCAGCUCGUGUGGCAGCCGCGCUUGGACCUGACCCCUGCACCGCUGCCGGCGCGCUGCUGAUUGAUUAACUGUCGUACGCGAUCAGCUGAUUGAGUGCGGCCGCGUGCACCGGCGAACUUACGGCACGCCUCUACAUGUGCUUCGGUUACUACACUUACUACGUUUGUGUCAUGAUGUAUAGCAAAGUAUUUGGGUGUUGACGAUUUUUUCGUGUUUCCAAUGUGUCGGCUGACGUUACCUCCGCCUGGUUGCAAGAACCCCGGGAAAAUGAAGAUCUGCACGUAUUUGCUGUUGAGUUUUUUAGCAGUGCGAGCGUCCCCGGAGCCGCGACGAGCACCGAGUAUCCUGGAACCACCUCAUCACGUGGACUUCACCAACGACACAGGGACCUUGCUCAGCUGUGUCACCAGGGGAGACUAUCAGUUGGACUGGCUGCUCCCGGAUAACUCGGUGGCUGGUACCCUAAAGGGUUUGCGGCGGGUGCUGGCCAAUGGGUCGCUAGAACUGUCUCCCUUCCCUGCUGAGCACUACAGGAGAGAUGUUCACGCCACCACGUACAGAUGCCGCCUCAGACUGAGCAGCGGGUUCGCCAUACUCUCCAAGAACAUUCAUGUACAUGCUGCACUAAACAUACCAUGGGAGAUCCACGUACCAGACGAGUACGUGAUGGCAGGAAACGCGGCAGUCCUGCGGUGCGUGGUGCCGCCCCACUGCGCCGACCGCGUCAGCAGUACUGACUGGUUCACUGACGACCAGACCAAUGUGCCGCAUCAUUUAGGGUCUAAGUACCAGCGUCUAGACGACGGCUCGUUGUACAUAAGUGGGGUGAGCCCGCGAGACCGGCACAAUGCCGCUACUGAUCACAAUGUACACCCACUUUUCACUGAAUAUUAUUUUCUACCAGGUCACGUCAUAGUGACAGAACCAAAGGGCGGCGUGCGGCCACGGCUGGCGAUAGAGCCGCGCACACGCCGCAUACAAGCCGGACACGACGUCCGGCUGCCGUGUGCCGCGCAUGCGUGGCCAGUGCCUAGCUACAGGUGGUUUCGCGAGCACCACGAAGAGCUGGUUCCCAUAGAGAAGACACCUUUAUGGUCGAGAGCGCGGCUCCUCGGCAGUGGUCUGCUGAGUCUGCAAGCGUUACGGCGUGAAGAUGCUGGCCGCUUCGUCUGCUGGCUCAACAACACUGUUGGGGGAGAGUCCGUGCACUUCACACUUAUAAUCACAGAACCCAUCUCCGUCCGAAUAAAACCCGAAGUGGUGCGAACGAAAACGAACGCUGACGUCACAUUUGAAUGUAAAGUGUCCGGCCAUCCAAUAGAACUUGUCUACUGGGUCCACGACGCUAAAGUUGUCAAACCGAACGAGAGAAUAAAAAUGUCUGAAGACGGCCUAAGAUUACAUAUCAAGAAUUCUCAGAAGGAAGACCAAGGAGUGUACCAAUGCUUUGUCAGUAACACAAAGGAUCAGGCGUAUGGAGUCUCCGAGUACUUAAUAGAUGUGGCAGAGAGUCGGUCGCGGUUGCCUGGCAACCGGUCGAGACGAGCGCCUUACGCCCGGAGCACACACACACAUGAUACUGACUGGAACUUCACUGGGACUAGAGAAUCGAAGCCGGAGCUCGUGUAUUGGUUCUCGGAACAAACUCUGCAGCCAGGACCGAGCGUGUCCUUGAAAUGUGUGGCGAUGGGUCACCCUCCGCCGCAGUUCACGUGGUUACUUGAUGGUUUCCCUAUUCCAACUAACUCCAGAUUCGUAGUGGGCCAGCACGUGACGCUACAGGACGACGUGGUCAGCCAUUUGAACAUCAGUCGCGUGACAGAACAAGAUGGCGGCGAGUACGCCUGCGUCGCUGCCAACAGUGCGGGCAAGGCGCUGCACGCUGCCCGCGUCAACGUGUACGGCCUGCCGUACAUACGAGAGAUGCCGAAAGUGACAGCCGUCGCCGGCAGCGAUCUGAAUAUAAAGUGCCCAGUCGCCGGCUACCCGAUCGAGUCAAUCACGUGGGAAAGAGAUGGCCAAAAUCUUCCUCUGAACAGAAGACAGAAGGUGUUCCCGAAUGGCACGCUGAUCGUGGAACAGACACAGAGGGGAGAGGACGCCGGUACUUACACCUGCCAGGCAGCCAACAGACAACGACACGCUGCCAGGCGUGACGUCGAAGUACAAAUAUUAGUUCAACCAAAAAUCUUACCCAUCCCGGCGCUAACGAAUUUACUACGGGAAGGCAUGAGAGCGGCUAUAUCCUGCCAGAUCUUGGAAGGUGAUCUGCCUGUAGCAUUUCGAUGGGAGAAGAAUGGCCAACCGGUGACGUCAUCGCCAUACGCACCAAGUGGUAUCAUAACAAGAAGAAUGGACGAAUACAGCGCGUCAUUAGUGAUAGAGCAAGUGACGUCACUACACAGCGGGAAUUACACGUGCAUUGCGUCCAAUGUUGCUGGAUCAGAACGAUAUACAAUACCGCUAACAGUCAAUGUGCCACCUCGAUGGAGGUUGGAACCAAACGAUGUGGCAGUAGCCGCAGGCCAAGACGUCACAUUACAGUGCCAAGCUGAUGGAUACCCAAAACCAACCAUUACGUGGAAGAAAGCCGUAGGUAACACUCCUGGCGAAUACAAAGACUUCAUGUUUGAAGGGAGCUCAAGGGUCCUGGAGAAUGGCUCGCUCGUGUUCGAGCGAGUCGCCAAAGACAGCGAGGGACAUUAUCUUUGUGAAGCUAGAAACGACAUAGGCGCCGGAUUGAGCAAACUCAUCUUCCUAAAAGUGAACGCACCAGCAAGGUUUCCGAUGAAGAGUAAAACAGUGCAGGUGACAGCUGGAGAAGCUGCUCACUUACAGUGCGCUGCGUCAGGAGACUCGCCUUUGGAGGUCAGCUGGCGAAGUCCCCAUCAUCACACUAUUGCACAUCAUUUAGAUCAAAGAUAUACAAUACGAGAACAAGUGCUAGAUGACGGCUUAGUUUCCGAGCUCAGCAUCUUACAGACGUAUCGACAAGACACAGGAGCCCUGACCUGCCGAGCAUCCAAUGCUUAUGGACAAGAUGAAAUGCUAAUACAUCUUGUUGUACAAGAGGUUCCCGAAAUGCCAAAAAACAUAAGGAUUAUAGAUCAACAGUCUCGCUCCAUACAAAUUUCGUGGACGCAACCGUACGCUGGCAAUAGUCCUAUCAUCAACUACAUAGUGCAGUACAAGGAAGCACCAGAUUCAUGGCCAACUACACCGCAAAAAGUGAUAGUCCCGGGCAGUGUAACCUCAGCAAGCGUUCAGAACCUUCAACCAGCUACCUCUUACCAUCUCAGGAUAAUAGCAGAAAACAGACUGGGGCAGAGCGAGCCGAGUCAGCUGAUACAAGUUACUACAACCGAAGAAGUCCCCAGCGGACCGCCGUUGGACGUCCGAGUAGAAGCUAAAAGUUCUACGGAGCUAAUUGUCAGUUGGGAACCGCCGCAAAGAGACCUUUGGAACGGAAAUAUUCUUGGUUACUACGUAGGAUUCCAAGAGCUAAACAGCAACAGUACGGUCCUAAGCGCAAGUGGUCCCGGUGGGGCCUCCUACACCGUUCGUACGGUGGAAGGAGCUGGAACUGCUCGAGCAAGGACCACGUUAUCAGGCCUGCAGAAACAUGCUGCGUAUGCCGUGGUGGUGCAGGCUUAUAACAGCAGAGGAGCAGGCCCUGCGUCACCUCCAACUACUGCUACUACUAUGGAGGAUGUACCAAGUCUACCACCAGGAGCGUUACAAUGCACAGCGUUAAGUUCUCAAUCAGUCCGAGUUGCUUGGGAACCUCCCCCUCUUAGAGGACGCAAUGGAGUAUUACAGGGAUACAGGGUCACUUACGCACCAGUCACAGAUUGGUAUGGGAAUGAAGAAGCGGUGACGAAGCAAAUAUCGGGACUUCAUACGACGCUGUCUGGACUGAGGAGAUACACAAAUUAUUCGGUCACUGUGUGUGCCUUCACGGCGGCUGGUGAUGGAGUCAGAGCUGCGCCAGUUUACUGCCAUACUGAGGAAGAUGUACCCUCAGCGCCCGCUGACAUCAAAGCAGUAGUAUCAUCUCGCAACAAGAUCUUAGUGUCAUGGCUGCCACCCGCCGCGCCAAACGGCGUCCUCGUCGGAUACACCCUGUAUAUGAGCGUCAUUGAAGAUGGACGAGAGGACACCACCAAUAAGGAAGGAACUCACAAACGCAUGCUGUCUCCAAGUACAUUGUCCCACGAGACAUCAAGAUCACCGCCACGAGCGACCCACCAGUUCUGGGUGUCAGCUUCAACAAGGCUCGGAGAAGGAGAAGCUACUCGAGUCGUCACGGUGCUACCUUCUGAAUCAGCCCGUUUUUUGACAGUUCCAGCUCGGAUAACAUCUUUCAGCCGAAGCAUCGUGACUCCUUGGAAAGAGAACAUAUCACUGCCAUGCAACAAAGUCGGAGUGCCAGUUCCUUCUACUACAUGGAGUAUGAAUGGAGCCACCUUGGAGUCUACGCUUAGGAAAAAUGUUACCAACGACGGUUCUUUGAUCAUCAGCAUGACGCAGUACUUGGACAGUGGGAACUACACGUGUUCGGUUGAGAACGUUCACGGUCGAGAUGAGGUCACCUACAGCGUUGAAGUGAAGGUGCCACCUCAGCCACCCGUGCUGGCUGUUGUGGAUUCCUACGCAGACUCUCUACAUCUUCAGUGGAGCGACCAGGGUGACGGUGGCAGCCCUAUUUUAGGCUACGUCAUAAACUACAAACGAGAACAUGGUGACUGGGAGGAGUUGCAAGUGGAAGCUGGGACAUCAGAACACGUGCUGCCAAACUUAUGGUGCGGGACGAGGUACCAACUGUAUAUCACUGCCUUUAACCGCAUCGGGACUGGUCUGCCGUGCGAUAUCGUACACGCCUAUACGAAGGGCACUGUUCCUGUAAAACCGAAGCACUCUCAGAUGAUAACGCUGAACACAACGACGGUGACGGUCUGGCUUGACUCGUGGGGAGACGGCGGCUGUGGCAUUCUCUACUUCGUCAUUGAAUACCGAGAGAUCAGUCAAUCACAGUGGCGUCUAGUCUCAAAUAGUGUUCAAGCAACAGAACGCGUGUUCAGCGUCCCUGGGCUGACGCCAGCCACCCACUACCAGCUUCGUAUCACCGCACACAACAACGCCGGCCACGCUGUAGCCCUCUACAACUUCACCACGCAUUCACUUAGCGGUAUGGUGGAGGGCGAGGUGUCGGGCGCGGCGGCGGGCGGGGGCCGCGGGCUGGGCGGCGCGCGCGUGCUGCUGCCGGCCGCGCUGUCGCUGCUCGUGCUGGGCGCGCUGCUCGCCAUCGUGCUGCUCGUGCGCAGGAACAGUCAGUACACUACCUUUGAAGCUGGUACAACAGAGACGGUGGCCACGGAGAGUGGUGUGGGGGAGUCUCCUUCUGUGGCCCAGCUGCAGAACAAAGUAAACCGCGACCAGCAGUACUUGGCCGCGAGGGCGCAGCACCCACCUCCACAACACCAUUACAAACAUGCUUCUAAUGAGUACAUAGAAGACAUAUGUCCGUACGCGACGUUCCAGCUGACGAAACCGACGGCCUACAGCGAGAGCAGCUACAGCGGCAACGUGUACAGCGGGCCUUAUCACUCCGUCAGAGGGUCUUUUGUGUACCACGACCUAAAGCAAAAUGACAAAUAUAAGGGCAAGGAGCCAGAGUACACAAAAGUACGAAGAAAAGGCAACAGGCUGCGAGAUCCACACUCCGAGAGCCAAGAGUCGGACAACUUGGGCUCGACGGACUCGGAGGUGAAGAAGAUACUAACGCUGCACCUGCCCAUUACAGAGUAUGAAGACGACGCGAGCGACGACGCCAGCGCGCCGCACUCCGACAGUGAGCCGCAGGCCAGGCUCAGACCUGCACACCCCACCUCAUACCCAAGCGUAGAGCGCGAAGAAUCGUCGUCAUCAUCAGAGAAUUCAGUGGGGGGAGUAGUGAGGAAAGCAUUCCCUUCUCGUAAGGGCAAGGCAGGGGCACUAGGCAAGCGACAUGUGCGCUCGUCUUCAGGCUACAGUAGCCAUAAUGACGAGACCACCUUCAGUAUAUCGAACUACCCGUCUUUCAACGAGCACAUUCAUCCGCCGUCUCGCUUCUCGGACGACACAGAGUGCGAGGGACAUCACCGCCGCAAGAGGGCACCACAUCCACAUCCCUCACACCCUCAGCACACCGCACACGAUCCAAAAGUUACUCGGGAAGCCUUCCAAAUCAACGUUUGAACAUAGCCGCAAUUUGAAAGGACUUAACGGCAUUAUUAAAGAUGGCGUCUUGUGGACAGCCAAUCAGAACGAGUUUAAUUGACGUUCCUUAAAUGUCAAACUCGUUCUGACCAAUGACGUUUGUAAGCUAGAGGCGCCAUCAAAGACAGACACGUAAUGAAAAGACUAAAGUGAAUGAUUUUGAUAUUCUCAGAAUUAUGAUCUUGUAUCUAUGUAGAUACUUAUUGGAGAGUAUAUAUUUAGAUUUUGUUACUCUGUAAGAGUAGGUAAUAAGGCAUGGUCAAUCUGAAUUAAUUUAUUCAACAAUACUGCACUGCUGAUCUGAAUUCGGGGUUCCAACGAACGGUUAGGUACUAUUUAUUCAACACUGCCAUUAACGCGUUUUGAGUUUAGAUGAAUUUAUACACGAACUACAAAGUUACGCAGUUAUAUUGUUAUUUAUUUCCUUGUUCAGGAGUUUUCUACUUUAUAAGGGAAUCGACGCAUAGAUCUUCCAUAUAAUAAUGUUGCUACUGUACAUUGGUUGGUACAUUUUUACUACAAGUUGCCAAACUCCACAGAACUUCCAUAAUUACUAGACGUGUACAUAAAGUGUAGAUAGAUAGAGAUAGCCAAUAUAAUUAUAUUUAUUCUUUAGUGCCACGUAUAAUAGCGUAACUCAUUAAUCCUUUUUGUACUCUGAAACUGAGUAUUUUAAAAUGAAACGGUUUCGGAUACCGUUAAAGUUGUAGGUUCUAAAACCAUUGGUCGUUGUGUAAAUAAUAAUAUAAUUAAUGCUAAGUACAUUAAUGACUAUCGAAUAUAAAAAAUAAGGAGAACAAUAAUUAAAAUAAAAAUAUAUAUUUUAAACUUAAUGCCUUAUUGACCAAAAGUCUUAAAACUAGUUACAUACGGAUGUAAUUGCGUAAUUAUAUCCCAUAUUUAAUUAAUUAAAUACGAAUUGUUUGAUUGUUGUAAAGUUUAUGAGAACGGGAAUGUUUUCAUUGGCAAAUCUUAUCAUUGUCUAUUACAUUAAGGUUUUGGAGUGUGUAAAUGAAUUUUCAAGUAAAUAUUUAUAUCUUAGGAUUAUGAUAAGUAUUUGUUGAAGUGCCAACGACGAACAGCAUCCUGUGAGCAAGGAAUUACUUAUAAAAUGUAUACAGUACCCUUAGUAUGAUUUUACUUUACGUUUAAAGUAAUCGACAGCGAUCGCAAAAAAAAGACCGCAUUCAGCGCUCUGAUUGGUUGGUUUCUUCGAGCCUGCCAAUCAGAGCGCCGAACGCGGUCUCGUUUCGACGUAAAACAAACUCGUACUAAGGGUGCAGUACUCCGUUUCCAAAAAAAACUUCAUUCAGACAUUUGUACGAGUUAUUUAACAAACUUUCAAACUUAAGCUUAAAUUAUCCUCCCAGACUGCUUCAAUGACAUUUUAUUUAAUUUUUCCUGUUCAUGUACUCAAAAAUAUUAGCUUCUUGUCGACAAUGAUAACCUACCUAUUGUAUUAUAGUACAGUACGAAUCGUUUUGAACGCGCAUUGCGCAUAACCACCGACAAAGUCAAGAAUGUUUUACUUCCCGCCGUACUCAGAGUCAUUUACAAAAUCGUUACUAAGGAAUAGUUUAAGUAACCAUUAAAUGUCUCUGAGUGCGACAGAUAGUAAAAUAUUUUAAUUGUCGACAAACAUACAUUAUCUGCCUCACUUAGAGACAUUUAAUGAUUACUUAAACUUUUCUUAGCAACGAUUUUGUAUCGAAAACAAUAGCUAAGGACUGGGUUGAGGAACCAUUAAAUGAUUCGGAGUACCGCGCUAUAAGUUUAAAAUAUAAUUAUACUCUUUAUAUCUAAAUACAUAUAUUGUUCUUUUUUAGUUAAACAUUUUACAGUUGUUGCAAUAUGCGCGUUCAAAACAUACCCCAUUAAAAAUUCGCGCAUUAUAAUCGUUGUAAAAUAAUGAUAGUAUUACGCAAUCCUCAGUGAACAGUAAAACGUGACAAUACACUUACCUAAAUAAACGGCAGACAUUUACAAUUUUUAUGUAAAUUAUUCAGAAGGCUUAGCGUGAGUUUUUUUACGUUAAUGUGAUUGAAACGUUACCGCGUUUACCUCUCAUUGGUUGGUUAAUUGGAGCUGACCAAUCAGUACCCUUAGUAGGAGUUUGCUCUACGUUGAACGAAUACGAAACGAGACUGCGUUCGGCGCUCUGAUUGGCCGACGCGUAUGAACCAACCAAUCAGAGCGCCGUACGCGGUCUCGUUCUGAGGGUACUAAGCACCGAACGCCAUAGAUGUAUCGAUCACGGUACGUAAUAAAAACUCGCACUAACGCCCUCUGUAAUUUGUAGGAAUAGUUUACGAGUGUUGACAAACAAACUCAGUUUGUAUUCAUCAAGAUGUUUUCCAAUUGUUUAUAAUCAUUUUACAAUAAAUAAAUCGUUUACGUUGACACUCUUUAGUAAUUCCAACGAAGACUGCCCUAUAUUUAAUUGAGAUCUAUUUUAUAUAACCUAGACACAUUACCUAAUGCUAGUCAGUACGAUGUAGAUUUUGUUAGAAUCGUCAAGUCAUGAUUUUAAGCUUUACAAUCAUAGUACUAUGGUUGCAUUUGCAUCAACGUAUUCAACUUCAAACAUUUGGGUAUGGUAAUUUUUUUAUCAAACGUCAGUUAAUAUACAUUAUGAAUCUUAUUGCGUUUAGUUUAGAUGUCACUUUUGGUCAAGUAAUCAAGGUUAGAGACGCGAAAACCCCUACAAUCCCAAUUUUUGUUAGCAUUAUUUUAGUCAAGUUUAGGAGCAAAAAUUUGUUAUAAAGACAUUACUCUUAAAUCAUUCAGAAUACUAGUCAAUGUACCAUAUCAUUUUUACGACAUUUUGUUAAUAAAUAAUACACAAGUAUAUGUAAGGGUUAAUCAUGUUGUUACAAGAUAUGUUUUUAUAAUGCAAACAAAUGAGUUACUAGGACAGUAUGAUGUGAACGAAAAUAAAAAUUCAUUUACUUGA